AUGAUUUUUUAUUUCUCAAAAUCCUCUUUCCUUUAUCUUUCCGCCUUUUCCUUGCUCGUUUCAGCUUCACAUGAACAUCAUGAACAUCACGAACACCAUCACGAACAUCAUGAUGCUAGGGACGCGCUCCAAGUCCAAAUCCGUCGCAGAGACAGCGAUUUCAUCGCUGCUGCGUGGUUCGCUGGCUGGCAUCAGGACUCGACACCUUCAUUUAAUACUCCCGAUAUAAGUUGGGGAAAGUAUACUCAUAUGGCGUAUUCCUUUGCUGUACCUACACAGGAUGUCACCCAGCUCAGCCUGGACGGGUCUGAGGGUGACAAGCUCCCAGGAUUUGUUCAAGCUGCUCAUCAGAACAACGUGAAAGCUUUGAUUGCGAUGGGCGGAUGGGCAGGAUCUAUGUACUUCUCCUCUGCUGUAGGUUCAGCUGAAAACCGUACCGCGUUCGUCAAAACUGUGACAGACUUCACGUCUAAGUACGGCUUGGAUGGGAUCAACUUCGAUUGGGAGUAUCCCAACAAACAAGGCAUUGGCUGUAAUGUGAUCAACACUAAUGAUGCGGGAAACUUUCUUGAGUUCCUCCAAGAGCUGCGCCAGGACCCAAUCGGAAUGAAACUCAGUCUGUCCGCCGCCACGGGCAUCGCUACCUUCUCCGGUCCGUCUGGUGAUCCUCUUACAGACGUCUCUGGCUUUGCAGAAGUCCUUGAUUUCAUUGCAAUCAUGAAUUACGACGUUUGGGGCUCUUGGAGCGCGGCAGUGGGUCCAAACUCGCCUUUGGCCGACUCUUGUGCCGCUAGUGAGAACCAACAAGGAUCGGCUGCCACUGCAGUGAAGAACUGGAACGGUGCUGGCAUGCCGCUGGACAAAAUUGUGCUAGGCGUUGCUUCAUACGGACACUCGUUCGUUGUGAGUCACGACGAUGCAUACAUGAACGGGUCCACCACGGAACUUGCCCCAUAUCCCCCCUUUGACAAGUCGGCCUUCCCUCAUGGAGAUUCUUGGGACGAUGAUGGGGGUCCUGAUGCUUGUGGUCACCAUGAGCCUAGUGGGGGUAACUACAAUUUUUGGGGCUUGAUCGAAAACGGGUACCUCGACCAGAACGGGGAUUAUGUGGACAAAAUUCCACAUCGAUUCGACUCCUGUAGCCAAACGCCCUAUGUAUACAAUCCCGACUCCAACAUCAUGGUAUCUUUUGACAAUGCGCAAUCGUUUACCUCCAAAGGUAAAUUCAUCAAAGGAGCUGGGCUUAAAGGCUUUGCUAUGUGGGAAGCUGGGGGGGACUAUAAAGACAUUCUCUUAGAUGCUAUCUCGGCCGGGAUACAUUCAUAA